ACUCGGUGGAUAACCACUGAACUUAGACACUCUAUACGAUAUUGGAACGCGCGCAAUAGGAGUGGGGGCAGUGAGAAAGAGAUAGUUGUGGUUGGGGUAUGUCCGCUUGUGUCACACGCAUAUCUACUUUCUGAACCACAAACAUCGGUCGGUAAUAUGUAUCUCAAUGAAAUUUAGUGAUCACAGGAAUAGAUUGUAGAUUUCAAUAUACUCGUGUACGUAUACUCCAAAUAGAUUUUCGGUAAUAAUUUACAAGUGGGGUCCACGCUAUUUUUAGCCAUGAAAAAUCGAAAAAUUAACAUUGUAUUAUAUCGUGUUGUGAAGCAAUCUCGUAUCGCUUUCUCAGUAAAUGUGGCAAUCAAUUUUUUCGAAUUAAACUAGAGUUCAGUUUUACGUGAGUGUUAAACGCCAUUUUCUGCUCUGACAGUCAAUGUUUUUAUGCAAGAUAGUCCGUAUAUAUUAGACAAGUGCGUCCGACUCCAACUACAACUAUCUCCCUCUCACCGGAGGUCGCUAGACGUAACAUAGGCUCGCGCGCGUUUUAGUAUGGUCAUUGACUGAACGGUAUGGUAUAGAGUUCGGUGUGGGUAACUGACAAAAUAGUUUGAUUGGAUUUUGCGCAGUUUUUGCGGUUUAACUUUCCAUUUCUGAUUCCCCAGGACAAAAAUAAAAAUUUUGCCUAGUUUGCCACUUGUCGCGAAUAGUAUUCAAACAGUAUUCGUAUCUCUUUCAUGGCACACCCAACAUUUGAAGAAUAGAUUGUCAAAUCUCCUAACCAUCAAAACCAGAACUCGUGUGACUCUGCACCACUCCACAGAAUUUUUUUGUUUAGCAUAAGUAGUAAAAGCAUCCCGUGGCUACGAAUAUAGUAUAAUAAUGGUCGAUUACAGCAAGUGGAAAAAUAUCGAGAUAUCAGACGACGAGGAUGACACCCAUCCGAACAUUGAUACUCCGUCACUGUUCAGAUGGCGGCAUCAAGCCAGAAUCGAAAGAAUGGAAGAGCAUAAAAAGGAGCAGGCUAGGCAUCAAAGAGAAAAGGAGGAAAUUGCGAGGAAACUAAAAGAAGCCAAGGAGAAGCUUGCCAAAGCUGGUGAGCAAGACUCUGAAGAGGUUGUGGCUGUUCGAAAGUCCUUGGAAGAACUGGAGGUCAAGGAGUCCGAGAUGAGGAGCAAGGAAGAGGAAUUAAAAAAAAAAGAAAAACUUCAGCCAUGGAAUGUUGACACCAUAGCUCGUCCGGGCUUCACCAAAACUGUGAUAAAUAAAAAGGAGCCAAGAAAGACUGACGAUUCCGAUUUGCCAGAUGAGGAGAAGGAAAACAUUUUCAAGCAGUUUGUCAAGACCAAUGAAAAGUUAAUAAAAAAAUUUGGCAUGCUGCAAAAAUAUGACGAUAGUAAGAAAUUCCUUCAAGAGCAUCUACACUUGGUCUGCGAAAACACGGCCCACUACUUGGUUAUCUGGUGCAUUGAUUUGGAGAUGGAGGAGAAAAGCGAUCUUAUGGAACAUGUAGCCCACCAGUGCAUUUGCAUGCAGUACAUCAUAGAGCUCUCUAAGCAGCUUGAUGUAGAUCCUCGAGGUUGCGUCGGCUCAUUCUUCAGUCGUAUCCAAGUCGCCGAGGUCGAGUAUAAAAAGUCCUUUGAUGAUGAGCUGUCGUCCUUUAAAGAUCGAAUUCGGAAACGAGCGGCAGAGAAAAUAGCCAAAGCAAUUCGAGAGUCUGAGGAAGAAGAGAGAAAAGCUCGACUAGGUCCUGGCGGACUUGAUCCUGAUGAGGUCUUUCAGGAGCUUCCUCCGGCACUCCAGACCUGCUUUGAAAAACGAGACAUACCGCUGCUUGAACAGACAAUGGCGACAAUGGAUCCAGAUCAGGCUAGAUAUUACAUGAAACGAUGCAUUGACAGUGGACUUUGGGUACCUGAUGCCAGGAGUGCCAAAAAUCAGCAAGAGCCAGCAGACGAACUAACGCUUGCAGAAACAGAAACAGAGUCCGAAGCUGAUACCGAGGUUAACGAGUCUCCGGACCCCAAAUAAUAUCGAGCGGUCAUGCUCACAGAAUAAUUCUCAUGCAUUUCUUAUAUCCCUUCUCCUCUCGUUAGUCACAUACCAGACACUUUUAUUUUCAGUCGCAGACUUCCCUCUUUAAUUUUAUAUACCGAGACAAUUUGUGGAAAUUGGCUACUAUGUACUCCUGACUACCACUAACUUAACGUAUGCGGCGAAUGCAGUAGCCAAUUUGCACGUAUUGUCCUUAAAUCUAUAUAGAGAAGGAGAAAAGAGAGUGAGAGACACAGAAAAACAAAGAUUUUCCUGUAGGACCAGACAAGACCUCGGCGAUAUUUCCCAUACUUAUCUUGAUCCUUUCGUAUUUAGACGUAAUACGAAGAACAUACUACGAACAAGGCACAAUCUUCUUGCAAUCUCCAGUAAUAGGAUCCUGAGGCAGUGAACAGUUAAUUUGAUGAGUUUGUUUGUGCAAAGAGCGAGGGGUAGGCACCAUCAAUAAUGUUACUACAAUCAUAAUGUUCAUCAAUAAAUGUAAAAUUAUAAAUAAAAUAUCAAAUGAGCGGA